AUGAUAGCUACUACACUAUCCCAAUAUGAAUAUGUUCUUAUAUGUGAUAAAUCCAACAUCCGAGUGUCUGGAUCAUCACACCAGGUUGUGUACAAUGACAGGAGGAUCUCUAGUUGCAAGAAUGACAUGACAAGUUCAGCAUUUGUAAACAACCAGAUUAAAGUUAUAAAGUCUAUUGAAAUUUUAGGGCAAGUCUACAAGGGAUGUAAUGACAAUGGACGUGAUUUCUAUAUUCAGGCUUUGUUUAAAGAAAAUCGCAUGAAUGCUUAUUAUGGUUAUGUUGGUGAGAUUCAGUACAUCUUCGUUUAUUCAUUCACACCCACAAACUCUCCCACAACACUUUACAAUCACAAUCACCAGCAUACCUUUGCUUUUGUCAAAUGGUACAAAACAACAUCUGACAUCCUUCAUCGUAUCCUUCUGCCAGUCGCAAUUGUUGACUACAAGACAACAAGAAAUGUCAACAAGAAGAUGGCAAUUCCUUUGCCGCAAAAAAUAUAUGCUUAA